CAGUCCUACUACCCCAACUCCAGAGGUAAACAUGGCGCUGAAGGUAUUGAAGGGGAUGGUGAGCGGAGCCGUUAACGAGAUCUCCUCAGCCGUUACCGGCGGCAACAAGGCGGCUGCAUCCCGGGAGCACGUCCUGGCCGUUAAUCGCGACUACAUCUCCCAGCCCCGCCUGACCUAUAAGACAGUGUCUGGAGUCAAUGGCCCUUUGGUGAUUCUGGACCAGGUGAAGUUCCCCAAGUAUGCAGAGAUUGUCCACCUGACCCUGCCCGAUGGAACCAAGAGGAGUGGCCAGGUGUUGGAGGUGACAGGUUCUAAAGCUGUGGUUCAGGUGUUUGAGGGGACAUCAGGUAUUGAUGCUAAGAAGACCAGCUGUGAGUUUACAGGAGACAUCCUACGUACCCCUGUCUCUGAAGACAUGCUGGGUCGUGUGUUUAAUGGAUCAGGCAAGCCCAUCGACAAAGGCCCCACAGUACUGGCAGAAGACUACCUGGACAUCAUGGGCCAGCCUAUCAACCCUCAGUGUCGUAUCUACCCGGAGGAGAUGAUCCAGACAGGAAUCUCUGCCAUAGACGGCAUGAACAGCAUCGCUAGGGGCCAGAAAAUACCUAUAUUUUCUGCUGCAGGAUUGCCACACAACGAGAUAGCAGCUCAAAUCUGUCGGCAGGCGGGACUUGUGAGGAAGUCUAAAGACGUGAUGGACUACAGUGAUGACAACUUCGCUAUUGUCUUUGCCGCAAUGGGGGUCAACAUGGAGACGGCUAGGUUCUUUAAGUCGGACUUUGAGGAGAAUGGUUCCAUGGACAACGUCUGUUUGUUCCUCAAUCUGGCCAAUGACCCCACUAUAGAGAGGAUCAUCACCCCUCGCCUUGCUCUGACAUCGGCAGAGUAUCUGGCCUACCAGUGUGAGAAGCACGUCCUUGUCAUUUUGACUGACAUGAGCUCCUACGCAGAGGCACUUCGAGAGGUGUCAGCCGCCAGAGAGGAGGUCCCAGGUCGUCGUGGUUUUCCAGGCUAUAUGUACACUGACCUGGCUACUAUCUAUGAGAGAGCAGGCAGGGUGGAAGGACGCAACGGAUCCAUCACCCAGAUCCCUAUACUCACCAUGCCCAACGAUGACAUCACUCACCCCAUCCCUGACCUGACGGGUUACAUCACAGAGGGACAGAUCUACGUGGACAGACAGCUGCACAACAGACAGAUCUAUCCUCCCAUCAAUGUUCUGCCAUCUCUCUCUCGACUGAUGAAGUCAGCCAUUGGAGAGGGGAUGACACGCAAAGACCACUCUGAUGUCUCAAACCAGCUGUAUGCAUGUUACGCUAUAGGCAAAGAUGUGCAGGCGAUGAAGGCUGUGGUGGGAGAGGAGGCUCUGACGUCUGAUGAUCUGCUCUACCUGGAGUUCCUACAGAAGUUUGAGAAGAACUUCAUAUCCCAAGGUGCUUAUGAGAACAGGAGUGUAUUUGAGACACUGGACAUCGGCUGGCAGCUGAUGAGAAUCUUCCCAAAGGAGAUGCUAAAGAGAAUCCCACAGAGCACACUGGCGGAGUUCUACCCCCGCUUGAAGUGAACACCAUAACAUGUAGACAUAACCCUUCCCUCCUGCUCUGUCUCUGUUAUGGUUUUGCUGUUGUGACAUUACCUGUGGCUUCUGUGCUGUACGCCUUAUAAUGACUAGUGUUGAUGCUGCCAACACCGACAGACAUUCUGGGUCCACUUUCAAAAAGGGGAUCUGGGGUCUGCGUCUCAGAUAGGAUCAAAUGCAUAGAUAUUUGAAUGGAACUGACUAUUCCCCAUUCUAGUCUUAUUUGUCGGUUUUUUUCAUCCUAUUAUGCGUUCAAUCCUGCCCUGUCCAGACAGACACGUGCCACUGGGGGUGGCAUUCCCCUGGUCUGGUCACAUGACUUUCAGAUUUAGAGGACAGUGGAUAAUGUAUAUGAGACGCAGGGGAUGGCAGGAUGAAAAUGUUACAGAGUAUAGUAUAUGUUGGUAUAUUGAGACCAGUAAUGACAUGUGAAUGUGUGAUUGUUUACAUUUCUAAUGUUCUUUUGUUUACAACCACAACGUACUGCUUUCAUUAUCCGGGUUGUGGCUGCUCUCUGCCGAUCGGCGCUGUUCCUGUGCCGAGUCACCCCAAAUGGUUCCCACAUCCAUUCAGCCAAAGCCACAGUUGCCAUGCAAACACGAUGCACCCAGGACUGUGGGUCCUGCUGCCUGUUUAUUAAACAUGCCAUCUAUAAAUGUCCCUCACUGGGUGUGAUAUGGUAGCUGCUUCCGGCACGCGCACACACCGUGGCUCAGUAAUGACCGUCUAGUGGUUUACAGUGAAAACGUCUAGAAUAGCUGGACAUAGUAAUCCAGUGUGUGUCCUUGUGUGUGUUUUUGUGUGUAGAUGUUGGCUGGCGUUGUUUUGGCGUGAAUGCAUGACUGCUGUCUGCAGUGAUUCUGUGCAAUAAAGGAAUAAACACUGUUCCCCUCAAUACUGGUCCCUGGGUGUUUAAGGCUGAGGACACAGGUGUUUGGUUUCAGUGGCAGUUGCCUUUUGAAGCAGAUGCUGGAUAAAAGUGUUGAUUGUUUGAGAAUAAACACACUGUGGGCCUUUGUGUUCGUGCAA